CUCACAGGAAACAGAUGAUUAUUCAGUAUAUUUUAGACGCUUGAGAAUCUUCAUAGCUGGUAUAUAUAUAUAUACUUAUAGAAUAUAUGGCAGUUAUAGUGAGUUAUGAAUCCCCUUUAUUUAAAGGGUGAAUGGUGUUGAAAGGACCAAAGUUAAUUUUUAGAAGUAUAGCUUUGACUGGUGAGAAGUGGAGCCCAGGAACGUUUCAUUCGAAAGGAGACGUAUAAAAAAGAAAGUACUGAGUUACGGUACAUCAAAAUGGCAGAUUUAGAAGGAAUGCGAUCUUCUCUGGACAAUGACGAACACCAAACUCUAUUGGUUUCCGACGAAGCGUCGCAGCACUACGGGGCAAAAGGAACCAUGGAGAUGUCAGCAAGUGGAAGUGGCAAUGUCCAAAUUAAAAGGCGGGUGUAUAAUCAAAGAGAUUUGGACAGAGUUUACAGGAAAGAUGAACCAGAAAUUGGAAUCAAGGAUAGAAUCAAAGGCUCGUGUUCAUGUUCACCAAAAUCCAUUUGUCGUCAUUUUCUCAACUACUUUCCCAUAAUUGGAGUUCUCAGGCAUUACAAGUUGACAAAAAUCCUCGUAGAUGUGCUGGCUGGUCUUUCUGCAGGAUUUAUGCAUCUUCCACAAGGACUUGGAUUCGGGUUACUGGCUUCUCUACAACCUGUUUAUGGUUUGUACAGUACCUUUUAUCCCAUUUUGUUGUACGUGAUUUUUGGGACAUCUCCUCAUGUAUCGUUUGGGACUAAUGCUGUUCUUGCUGUUCUAACUGCUUCGAUUGUAGAAAGGGAAGCGGGAGCGCUUGCUGCUACUGGUGCUACAGGUAAUAGUAGCAUGGUAAAUAUUCUUACGGAGCAGGAUAUUCUCGAAUAUAAAGUUGGAGUCGCUAUGGCGGUAACCUUUCUAGCGGGGAUAAUUCUACUUGCAAUGGGAUUGAUGCGUCUGGGAUUCCUAACGAGUUACUUAUCCGUUUCGUUUAUCGGUGGAUUCACAACUGCUUCAGCCAUACACAUCGCUACCAGCCAAGUCAGCAAGAUGCUGAACAUCAAGGUGCUACCUCAUGCAGGAGCUGGGAAACUCGUUAAAACUUACAUCGAAAUAUUUACAAAUAUAACCAAAACAAACAUAGCUGAUCUGGUUAUAGCUGUAAUUUGCGUCAUCGUUCUGCUUUUAGUAAAGAUUUGCAUCAACCAAAGAUUCAAAGCUAAACUAAAAUUCCCAGUUCCUAUCGAUUUGCUGAUUGUUGUUGUUGGGACAAUUAUUUCCCACUUUGCUAAUUUAAAUGGACGUUUCGGAGUAGCAAUCGUCGGAAGUAUACCAACAGGCAUUCCUGUACCAAGACUACCCAACUUUGAAGUCCUACCCCGAGUUGGCAUGGAUAGUUUUGUGAUCGCUAUUUUGGCAUUUGCUUUAACCAUAGCCAUGGCUAAGUUAAUGGCCAGACUAAAUGAAUAUGAAGUUGAUGAUAAUCAAGAACUUGUAGCUUAUGGGAUGUGUAACUUUGUCAGUUCCUUCUUCUUGUGCUUCCCGUCUUGUGUUGCUCCACCCCGCACGAUGAUUCUCCACACAUUGGGUACAAAAUCUACGUUGAAUGGAAUAACUUCUGCGGUAUUCAUUCUGAUAGUACUAUUAGCCGCUGGUCCGCUCUUUGUGUCACUACCCGUUGCUGUCCUCGCUGCCAUGAUUGUUGUUGCCAUGAAAGAACUCUUGCUCCAGGUAACUCACCUACCCGAGAUUUGGCGAGUUUCCAAACCAGAUUUUGUGAUUUGGUUGCUGACUUUGUUAGUGUCGGUGUUUGUUGAUCUGGACAUUGGAAUCGUUGUCGGAAUCGGAGUAUCCAUUUUGACAGUGAUUAUCCAGAACCAACUAAGUUCUGGAUACUUGGUCGGAUCACCUUACGGAGAACGUUUGUAUUUAGACAAGAGAUUCCGAAAUACGAUCAAUGACGUCCCUGGAGUAAAAAUAUUUGCUUUCGAUGCUCAAUUAUUCUUUGCCAAUGCCGAAAGAUUCAAAAAGCAGUUGUACGAGAAUGUCUUCCAUCCUGCGACCCACAGAGCUGAAAAAGAAAUGUUCGUCGAUUCUGUUACAGUCAGCGAACCAGAUUUGAAGAACGCUAAUGGUGGAUUAGAAUCUCAGAACAACGAAGCGUCCUCUGUUUCUGUUGAUCAAGCAGAGACAAUCCAUUUCCUUAUUAUCGAUUGUAGCAGGAUAUCAUACAUCGACAUAGCAGGUAUCAAUAUUUUGAAGCAGAUAGUCGCCGAGUUUGGUCACGUGAGUGUCGACAUAUUGCUAGCUCGGGUACCCAAGUACACACUGGAAACGUUAGAACGAUCUGAUUUCUUUGUCAAUUACAAGAGAGAAUUUAUUUUCUAUGAUAUUGUUGACGCUGUUGAAUUCGCUACCCAUUCCCAUUCACACGACCCAAUACAUGUACAUUUAUAGAAAGGGGGGUAGCUCGUGUAUUUUAACACAAAAAGACAAACUGAGAUCGUUGAAAACCCCAAUGCCAGUUAGAUCUGGCAUUUUGUAUUAGACACUGUGUUGGAAUUAAGGUACAUUCGCUACCGAAAUAUACACGCGCCAGUAUAGGAAAGAAUACAACGAUUAGGAUCUGAAUUCAACGAAUUGCACAACAUACAUCCCGGUAUACUAUAAUAUGAUUCUUUAAGAGGGACGAGGCUUGGAAUUUUGAUAAAUUGGGAUGUAUACAUUAAAUUUAUCAUUUUCUAGUGUCUCUUAUUAUUGCCCUUUUAGUCAAACCAAAAACUUCAAUUCAUUAAUUCACGGACUAAUUCAUAUCCUAUUUCAUUUCGUUGUUAUGGUUCAAAAUUUCGUUAUUAUUGCCCUUUUAGUCAAACCAAAAACUUCAAUUCAUUAAUUCACUGACAAAUUCAUAUCCUAUUUCAUUUCGUUGUUAUGGUUCAAAAUUUCGUUUUACUUCGAAAGUAUAUAUAUAAAAAAAAAACGAAUUGCGAAAUAAUGUAUAUAUACAAUAUAUAUUGUAGGAUUCCAGAUUUUAGAUUGUUUAUAACCCAUUUAGAUAUAAACUAAUACUUCUCCACAUUGUGUAUAAUGUAAAUAUAACUAUGUAAAAUAUUAAAACAGUGUUUCAUAUCUUAAAAUAUUAUACAUGAGAUCAGAACACAUUUGGCAGAAAUAUUAAAAUGAGAGUACAAUAGCAUGAAUCGUGUAUAAGAUCUGUUUUCAAAUAUUAACAGUAUUUCGUUAUACAUGAGGUCAGAACACAUUUGGCUAAGAUAUUAAAAUUAGUGUACAAUAGCAUAAGAAGUGUAUAAGAUCAAUGUUCAAAUAUUAACAGUAUUUCGUUAAAAAAUAUAUAUACAUUUGUAAAAGUCUGAAAUAUUACCACAAUUGAUACAAUGCUAAACUUAUCGCAAUUGAUACAAUGCUAAACAUGUUUCAGUUGACACAAUGCUGAACAUGUCACAAUGAUGAUACGAUGAUAAAAUGUUAUUUCGCAAUUUAUUAUAUAUAUAGCGUAGCUUUUGUUAAAAUAAUGUCAUAA